UUGCAUCUAUUCAUUCUGAUCAGUCUGACGUGUUAAUGGUGGAUGUGGCAACAAGUUUGCCUGUGUUUUCCAAGGAGGUGCUCAGCUCAGAGGCUGCCGAAGAUGCCGCGGUGGCCACUCCUGCUGUGUAUUCUGCAGAGGUGGUGGCCCUGCAGGUUCUGAGCCAAACAUCUGUCCGUGUAGAUUUGGGUUCUGAAUCUAAAGACGAUGACGCUGAGCCAUCAACGGCUUCCUCAUUCCCCUUGCAGGAUGAACAAGACCCUCCUGCUUACGAUCAAGCUCCUGAGGUCCCUUUGCAGGCUGAUAUUGAGGUCACAUCAUUCGUUCAUAUAUCCUCUAUCUAUAACGAUGAGCCUGUGACUGAAGGAGUCACUUAUGUCGAGCAAAUACCAGAGCACAUAGUUAUCCCUUUCACUGAUGACGUUGCUACUCUUAAAGAAAAUGAUCAGUCAUCACCCUCUGGUCCCAUUCCUGUAGCACUCAUGAGGGGCUCAGGCAAAGCCGUAGGUUCUGGAAAACGUGCACAGUCGGAGGAGGACGCAGAAUAUUCCUCGGUGCAAAUGGAGGCAGAAGCAGUUCUGUACUCCAACACCUCCCUGCAAGGUCCGCCUGCACAACUCCAGGAUGCAGAGGACUCUACCAAUGCAGUAGGCUCUGAAAAAUCUUUGCACCUUGAAAUGGAGUUUACUGCUCUAGUCCCUGGCAAUCCUGGGCAGGAGGAAUCCGGGGAAAACUCUGCCAUCCAGGAGAUGGAGGCCACACUUGCGCUCUCUGGGGAAGCUGCCAAAGCAGGGAGCUUGGGUGCAUCUGUAAGGUCAUCUGGUGGUCCCCCCAUUCCUGUUCCAGAAGGUCUUACUGAGCCAGAAAUCGAACCAGAGUGGGAAGCAGCACCCGAACAAGGUUUGAUGGAGCCAGCCAUAGCAGCAAGCGAAGCAGGACAACCACCACCAUAUUCUAACAUGUGGACCCUUUAUUGUCUAACUGAUAUGAAUCAACAAAGUCGCCCAUCACCGCCACCUGUGCCUUUCCCCCAAGCAACCCUCUAUUUAUCUAAUCCUAAGGAUCCACAGUUUCUGCAGCAGCCACCGAAAGUUACUUCUCCAACUUACGUGAUGCUGGACGACAGCAAGAAGACCAGUGCCCCACCUUUUAUUUUAGUAGGCUCGAAUGUUCAGGAAGCUCAGGAUUGGAAACCUCUUCCUGGACAUGCUGUUGUUUCUCAGUCAGAUGCCUUGAAGAGAUACACUGCAGUCCAAGUACCCAUCGCUGUUCCUGCAGAUCAGAAAUUCCAGAAACAUACCCCAAACCCCCAGAAUGGUAGUCCUCCGCCAAGUGGACAAGAUGUCCCCAGGCCACAAAGCCCAGUUUUUCUCUCUGUCGCAUUCCCAGUAGAAGAUGUAGCCAAAAAAGGUUCAGGAUCUGGUGACAAACGUACCCCCUGUGGAAGUUAUGGUAUUGCUGGAGAGAUAACCGUGACCACCGCCCAUGUCCGCAGAGCAGAAACUGGGAACUGGUAGGCAGGUUCGAAUACUACAUCGCAUUUCAGGAGACAACUCGGUUAUCAAAUCUUAGGUCUAUGUGCCCUUAUUCAUCACCCCCUUUGUAGACUUUUAGCAGAAUUGUCAAAAUGGCUUUCUCAGCAUGAAAUGCUGGGAUAUUUCGCUGCAAAUACAGAUGCCAGAAGUGACGCCAUUUGAGUCAACGUUCAAGGUGGAGUCUGCCACCCCGUGUAAUUUGUCAAUAAACUUCAUGCAAGCAUAAA